AUUAAAAUCAGUAUUUGUCAUGUCUCAGUAACCAUUUUGAUGUAUAAAGUGUAUAUUAUCGCGGGUACUAAAAUGUACCUGUCCAUUUAAAUAUAAGCAGUAGGUAAACUACAAAUCAGCAGUAUGAACGACUUUACCCAACUAGAGAAGACGAUAGUGCGGGAGUUGUCAUGUCGGUUGUGUCUCUGUACGGACGUGGUGAAGCUUAAACCGCUCAGUGUAGAACUCAAGCGGAAGAUCAAGCGGCUCUACGGCAUUGUAAUACGAUCGGACGACACUCUCCCGAAAGCAAUUUGCCACGACUGCCUACAACUAGUUGGCAUUCAACACUUAUUUGCUGUCAAAGUCGAAAAAACUCAAAAGUUUUUGGAAUUUCGCAAAAAUAAGCUGGCUGAAAAGGCUAACAAACAAAACACGGAAGCAGUAGCACCUAUAGUACCGGCCAGUCUUUUAACCCAAAACUUAUUAUUAGAAGGCGAAAAAAAGUCUCACCAAAAAUCAAAAGGAGACCCCCCAUCGGAAUCAGCUCAACACCAAGGUGACUCAAAUAAAGUCAAAACCCUCAAAAAUAAAUCACCUCUCGAAAUGAAAUUUAUGGAAUCAAUGCCAUUAGAGGAGUUUGUGCGAACUGAAAACGUGGAUGAAUCAUUGCUCAGUAGUACAAUAACUGCAAACAAACCGGCGGAAAAAAUCAAAGCGAGUAAAAAGGCCGCUAGUAAAGAUAUAGAUGACAGUAACACAGACGUAUUAGACCCUAUAGUUAUCAUCGAUGGUCGGCCUGCCAAGCAAGGAGCGGCCUUAGACAGGCAAAUAACCCUAUUCUACAAGAUGGAAUGCUGCAUCUGCCACCAAAAUGAUUUCCAUUAUAGAUCGCUAAUGAAACAUUACAAAGAAAGACACGGAGUGCCGGGCUACGUAGAGUGUUGUGACAAAAAGUUUCACUAUUUCUGCCCAAAGAAGAUUAUCGAGCAUAUGGCGUAUCAUCUUCAACAAAACAUAUUCAUGUGCAGCAGCUGUCACCAUAACUUCCAAUCAUCGCAAGAGUUGAUCGAACACCAGAACAAUGGCGGGCGGUCGGAGGGCAAGAUCCUGUGUCCACGCUGCCAGGAGCGCUACCCCACUUACCACGAGCUCGGCUGUCACGUCAUCACGCAUCGGGACGCCAAUAAGCUGCAGUGUGAUUAUUGUGGGAAACUAUUAAAACACCAUCACCGAAAGAAGACCGUAAAUCACAUGGAAGAUGUCAUACUUUGCUCAACAUGUAUCCGUUCGUUGAGAAAUAUUGAGAAACAAGAAAAAGAAAUCAAAGACAAAAAGAAGCCCGUAACACCAGACAAAGUUCAAAUUCAAAAAUAUCAAAAAUUCAAUCAAGCCCUUGGCCUCUCUGGUGACGAAGACGCGUCUACUGAUUAAAAAGACAAAAACCCAUAAAAAGAACCAUAAAUAGACAAAAAAUCGUAAACAUGCAAAUUUAAACACGAAACUCAAGUGUAACAACUAUUUUGUAAUAAAACUUGUGUCAUA